AUGGAGGCAAAGAAGAAUGCAAUGGGGGUCCAAGUAGAAGCGGUGUUGGUGAUAAUGGUGGUGGUUAUGGCUUCCCCUGCACUGAGUUGCAUGCCGUCAGAUGGUAUGGGGUGCAAGGACUGCAUAGUGAACCAGAUGAGUAGUUCAUGUCCCUCAUGCACCCCAAUCCUGCACUGCAUGGCUCGGUGCUUGUGGGGUGGGGGUUCAAGGCCCUAUUGCAUCAGCAAGUGCGACUGCAACAAAGGCGGCUACCCUACACUCUCUGACUGCAAGAGAUGCAUGUUCAAGUGCAAGUGCAACUGCCUCAAUUAG